CCGCAUUGAAUGCAGACGCUUGCAAUGGCUGCGGAAGAUUCAAACGAAGCGAGGAUACACCACGAAACGGCGCACUGCGAGAAACCGGCGGCACCCGGAACUGACAUCUUCAGAGAUACACCGGUUCGCUUGCUAGGAUAUGCAAAUGAAGUAGGAGAAGCAUUCCGGUCCCUAGUUCACGUCAACGUCGUCCGCCUGUCCUAUGCCGUAGCAAGUGCUUACGUCGUGGUCGACACAGCAGACAAGGUCUUGAAGGCAGACAAGGUCAAGUGCCCCGAUGCUAAAGCUCACCGGAACAAGCUGUUCAACACUGCCGUGGACACACUGGUGUGGCAAGCGUUGGCCUCGGUCAUCAUACCUGGUUUCACAAUCAACAGGGUGUGCGCACUGUCUCUCUUCCUGCUCAAGCGUUACUCGAGCAUGCCCCUCAACGCCUGCAAGUGGACUACGACCGGCGUGGGUCUGGGCUGCAUCCCUUUCAUUGUGUCGCCCAUAGACCACGGUGUUCAUGUGCUCAUGGACAAGACGCUCCGUCAGUGGUUGCACGCAAAGGAGUCUUCCGACUGACCUUUUUCCCUUCUAGUGUCGAGCAAUACCUUUUACUAGUUCAAAGAUCUCUGCAAGGUGCUCAUAAAACAAAACAUGUAUGGACACAUUCGAAACCCGCAGUAAUGAAAUCACGCUCCGACGACAUGUCUCAGUGUCCUGAGCGAGCA